UGAAUAUCUGUGUUUACGAAUUUUGAUGAGGAUGAUGAGUUGAUUAGGUGAGGUCGAAUGAGAAUAAAAGUUUAAAUAAAACGUAUAAAUUUAAGACUUGAUUAUUUCAAAAGAUUUUGUAAAAGAUGAGCAAAUUCAAGUUGUUGACCUUCGAUGUCACGAACACGCUAUUAAAGUUUCGCAUGUCUGCUGGAGAAGCGUAUGCUCGCACGGCAAAGAUAUAUGGUGUUCAUGUAGAUGCGGCUCGGUUAAAUGAAGCAUUUAAAACACAAUGGAAAUUACUAAGAAAAUUACAUCCUAAUUUUGGAGCUUAUGAAGGCCUUACAUCUCAACAGUGGUGGCAAGAAAUGGUGAAGAGGACAUUUCGUGAUGGUGGAUGUUUAGAUGCAAGUGAAAAACAGAUAGAAUUAAUUACUAAUCAUCUUUUCAGUGAUUAUUGUACCAAUGCUUGUUGGGCUGUAUAUCCUGGUACACAAGAAAUAUUAAAAAAGUUUAAAGAAAUGAAUAUUAAAAUGGGAGUUAUAUCAAAUUUUGAUGAAAGACUAGAGAAUUUGCUAGUUACAAUGAAAUUGAGAGAUUAUUUUUGCUUUGUUCUUCCUUCUUACAUUAUAAAACAUGAAAAGCCAUCAGGUAAAAUUUUUGAAAUAGCACUCAGUCAUGUUAGAAGUUCAGGAGUGAAAGGAAAAGAUGCUGUUCAUGUGGGUGAUAAUUUUGAACUUGAUUAUCUGGCUGCUAAAAAUGCAGGAUGGAAUGCUAUUUGGCUUGUUCAGGAAGAAAAAGAUCUUGAAAAUCUGAAAAAAGUAAAUCAGAAUGAUGUGAUUUAUAAUAUAGCUGAACUAGAAGAUCACAUCUUAAAUUAAUUAAAAUUUAUUUAACUAGAAAGAUCUGUUUUUAUACAAGUAAAUGUUAUAUUCUGUAUGUUAGUAAAUGCAAUUUACUAUAUAUAUAUGUUUCUAUAAAAUUUUUAAGUUUUUAAACUGUAUAUUAACAGUUACCAGAAAACUUCCAACAUGUAUAUGCUGGAAGUUUUCUGGUAACUGUUUUGUAUAAAAAUGAAAGAAGUAAUAAUAUAAUAGAUCAGUCAUAAGAAAUUUAACAUUAUUUAGUUUUAGUUGUUGGCUUAAUAUUUUUUUUUUUUGUUAUAGUUUAUAGUAAUAACAAUAUAGUUAUUACAGUAACAUAAUCAGUUUCUUGAGUUAUAUUUCAAGUUAGAUGGGUUUAACAAAAACUCCAAACAUAUUAUCUCCAAUCUCACUUUAAAAUAAACCAAUUUCUGCUUUAUUGGCAUACUAUCAUAAAAACACAUUACAAUGCCCUUAGUAUUCCUUAUCUUUAUUUUUUUUUUAUAAUCAAUAAAGCAGAGAUUGUUUUGAUCCUAGACAUACAAGGUGUAAUCAAAAAGUAUUCAACUUUCUUAUUUUUCUUUGCACAGUUGGCAAGCUAGGGAGGAGACUAUGUUGCCAUGUGACCUUGAACCCUAAAGUAUAUAUAUGAAUUUUGGCAAGCCCAGCCUAUUCUUCAGUCACUGUCAGGCAGCUGUGAUAGUUGUUGCAUGUAUACACUGAUAUUUUUGCAUUAGUGAUUAAGUGAAAAUGAUGGAAUGUGAUGGAUCCUGAUUUCAUGAAGAUUAUAACCAGAGAUGAGACCUGGAUCUACAGGUAUGAGACAAAGGAACAAACAUCACAAUGUAAAAUACCAUUGUCUAUAUGGCCAAAGAAUGCACAACAAUCAUGCAGUAAUGGGAAGGUCAUGUUGAUUUUUUUUUACCACCAGGGCAUAGUUUAUCAUGAGUAUGCCCCUCAUGGACAAACUGUGACAAAGGAAUAAUCCUGAUUGUUUUAUGUCACCUAAAAAAUGUCAGCUCUUCUUGCAGUCUCACAACUGGUUCAUUCAUCACAUCAAUGCUCUGGCCCAUGGAUCAUAUCUCAUCCAGACAUUCUAUUUAAAACAGUGUUGAAAAGGUUCAGUAUCCUUCUUACUUCCCAGACAUUGCACUGGCUGACUUUUGGCUCUCUCCCAAACUCAAGAUGUUACUCAGAGGAGAGAGAUUUCAGGAUGCAAAGAUCAUCAUGACUAAUGUGACAAAGCACCUGAAAGAUAUCCCAAUAUGUGACUUUGAAAGUGCUUCCAACAGUGGAAGCAUUGCUGGGAGAAGUCAACUAUUGGACUAGUGGGACUAUUGUUUGAAUCAAGAUAGAUAUGUAGGUUUUUCCCUGGCCUCAGGUUAGAUACUUUUUGAUAAGACCUUGUAUUUAUGAUUAUUGGUCCUGGACAUGUAUUUUAUUUUAUCUAAUUUUCUUUUUACACUGAUUUUAUUGUUGCCAUGUAAAAUAAUUCAGAUAUAUUUUUUUGAUUAAUCACAAAAAAAUUAUAGGAAAACUUUAUUUGACCUUUUUAUUUGGAAAAAAAAAUGUUUGAUUUAUAUUUUUAAUUGUUCAGAAUUAUUAUAAAUUAUAUACAAGGAUUUUUACAAGUUAUUUACCAUAGGAGAUUGUGCAGAGAAGCAUCAGGUGAUUGUAGUCAAAGCAUCCGGUGGAAGG